AUGGGCCUAUUUGGCCACAUCCGCAUCCACGAGAGCGGCAUUAACCGCACUCCCGACACACACACCACAUCCACCGUGCACACCCCCACCCUCGCUUCAUCCAUCUGUGCCACCAACACCACCACCGCCUCCUCUGUGGCUGACACUGACACCGCCGACUUCUCAUGCCCAAACUGUCCACGCACAUUCACCUCACGCAUCGGCCUGGUCGGUCACUCGCGAAUCACACAGAGACUGGCGAGCCAGUGCCUGGAGCACCCACCUAUACCCAUCAAGCACGUUUCAAUUGCCCACACUGCUCUCGCACUUUCAGGCAUCGCAUGGGCCUAUUCGGCCACAUGCGCAUCCACGACGACCUGCGGUAAACAACCGCCGGUCACACCACACAUUGACUCACUCCUUACCUCCCAACACCAUCACCACCACACAUCAACCCGCACCCAUCGCAAGCUCCCAACCGCCACCUCUCACGCAAGUGGGAAGUGUGCAUCUCGACUCGGUCCCCAUACGGCUUCGGCUGCACGGGUGACUUGA